AUGGUUUUUGGCUGGGGUGAAUCUCAAGACGCGCACGACCAGGUCUACAACCAGGGCGGCGGCUACGACAAUCCAGACAACCAAGCUAAAUUCUCCCACGAGCUCGUGGCUGGCGGUGCCGCCUUCGAGGGCUUCAAGCUCUACGAGGACCACCAACGCAAAGAGGGCAAUGUCGUGAACCACGCUUUCGCCAAGGAGCUCCUCGCUGGAUUCGUCGGUGGUGAAGUUGACAAGCUCGCUGAGACCAAGGGCAUGAACGCUUACGACCGCGAGCGUGCUCAUCAUCAGGCCAAGGAGAAUUCCAGCCAUAUGUACGACGAGCACUACGUCCGGGGCCAGAACGCUGACCAGUACGACCCAAACCAAUAUGACGCUCCUCAGCAGUUCCAGGGCGGCUACGGUGGCCAGGGCCGCUAUUAG